AAGAAACUAGGCCAGACAGAACGGUCAGAAACUAGGGCAAAUCAUCAGGAAGAGGGGGCUGCCGGGGGCUGCUAAAGAAACUUGUCUGAGAAAACAGGGGUGCCUUCUUAAGGAAGAAACAAGCGUCUGUUAAGGUCGCACCUAUCUGUCAAACGAAAGGCCGGACUCGUCAUAGAUUUAAGUGUUUAAUGAUGGGACAUCAAUUGGAAAAGUAGGAUUUUCUGGACACAAAAAUCAGAAAUUUUGGUGUUUAACUCAUAUUGAAACUUUAAGGUAUGUUCAUAUGCGGGGAGACGAAGAAACCAGGGAUUCCAGGGCCAGAGAAAUGAAAGUCCGACAUCUUCAUCUCUAAUUUAAUGGCUGCUACUCAAUCCAAGGUAUACACUUGGUGAUUUUGUAUGUAUGGAAGUAAGUUGUAACUUUUUCUUUUUAUGAGCUUCCCUUCUGAAUCUGCUCCCAGUCACAUCAAUAGGAUCAAUGCUUUUUUCAGGAAGAUAUAUUCAAGAAUGAAUCUAGACUUAAGUUGAGACUCAUAUUUCUCACAUAGCGCUUGCAGUAACUGGACAUCAUUCUCAUGGCUCGGUUUCUGAUAUAUUACAAGCUGAAACCCAAGCAAUGGAUUUAACGGAUUAGCAGUGUCAAGUCCGAGCCCGAAUCCCUUACUUCCUCUCCUAUCUGUGCUAGAACCACUUAUAUUACGGACCUCAUCAAUAAGAAGAAUGAUAUUCCCUUAAUUUAGGUCUCUAUGAGGGCAGAUCACAAGAAAUUGGUAUUUGGUGUAGAGGCACUGCCAAGUCAAUUAAUCACAUGUCAUGGCAAUACAUUCAAAACAUGAUUUGUUUGUAUUAGCUUAAUCUAUGUGUGGCAUGCUAGAUUAUUCCUACCUAAAAAUUUGUAAUUUCUUGAAACAUGUGAUGUUUCUAUUUAGUAGAGGAAAGGAAUGCUUGUUUGUUAGCACUUAGCAAUACACAAACUAUGGAUUCAAGUACGUAGUAUUUUUAUAGAAACUAAAACAAAAUAGGUUAAAUAUUGAUUUUGUGGAUCAAGCCAUCAUAUUUGUUAAAUUUUUAGUAGGUAUUGUAAUGUAUUUGUGACAAAAUGCAGAUGGAUGUUUCUUUUAAUGAUUCAAUGAGUUUUUUGGAUGAUGAAAAUCAGUUAAGUUCCUAUGAGGAUGCUGCUUGCGCUGAAAACCAAAGCAAAGUUGAUUAUAGUGAUGCUGAAAAUGUUGUCGAAGGAAAUGAUGAAACACGUUGCCACCAUAAGAUGAUAACAAGUUUGACAUGCGAUGAGAUUAGAGGUCUAGAAUUUGGUAGUGAGGAGCAUGCUUUUAAAUUCUAUGAAGCGUAUGCUAACAGCCACGGAUUCGUCAUUAGAAAAAGUUGCGUUCAUCGAGAUGCUAAAGGUAACAUUAUCAGACGUUUGCUUGUAUGCAAUAGGGCAGGUUUGCGUAGUAAAGUCCACUUGGCGAGGGUGAACAGAAAAAGAGAACACCGACCUCUCACACGCACUAAUUGCCAAGCUCAGCUUAAGGUCCACUUAGAUUACAAUACAUCAAAGUGGAAAGACUCAUUAUUUCAAGAGACUCAUAACCAUGUGUUGACCCCAGUUUCAGAUGUCCAUUUGAUUCCCAAAUAUCGUGCUUUAAGUAAGGCGAAUAAAGCUCGGGUGGAUAGUUUGCAUUCAUUUGGAGUUAGAACUUGUCACAUAAUGGGCUACUCGUUAGUUCAAAAGGGUGGACAUGCUAGUAUUGGUUUUUCAAAGAGGGAUCUAUACAAUCACUUUCAUAAAAAACAACGUGACAUGAUUAAAGAUGGGGAUGCGCGUGUUACGUUGAGUUAUUUUGAAGGGAAGGCUGAUAAUGAUCCUAUGUUUUAUUCAAAGUUCCAAACCACAAAGGAUGGUAAGCUGAAGCAUUUAUUUUGUGCAGAUGGGCGUAGUAGGUCAGACUUUCAAUGUUUUGGUGAUGUACUUGCUUUUGACACCACUUACAAGAAGAAUAAAUACAACAAGCCGUUGGUAAUUUUUUCUGGAUGUAAUCAUCAUUCACAAACAACCAUUUUCGGUUGUGCUUUGUUGGAUGAUGAGACCAUUGAGACGUACAAAUGGGUGUUAGAGGCUUUCUUGGACGCGAUGCACAACAAACAUCCCAUCAGUGGUCACUGACGGUGAUGGCGCUAUGAGAGACGCCAUAAAACAGGUUUUCCCGAUGAAUUUGAGGAAUACUGGAAGCAAACCGUUUCAAAGCAUAACCUUGCAAGCAAUAAGUGGGUGACGAAAACAUAUGGAUCAAACAUAUGUGGGCAACGACAUAUUUUCGUGAUAAGUUUUUUGGCCGUAUAAGAACGAUGUCUCAAUGUGAAGCGAUUAACGCCUUAAUCAAGCGUUACGUUAGAAGAAAAAGUAGCAUUUUUGAGUUCACCCAUUGUUUUGAGCGAGCUGUACGAGAAUAUAGAAACAAUGAGCGGGAAGCUGAUUUUAAUGAUUCAUUUGCAGAGCCUGUGUUGACUACCUCUCUUCAUAAGUUUGAGCGUGAAGCCUCAAAAUUAUACACUAUGCAGAUUUUUAAAGAAGUUAGGGAGGAGCUGUUGAUUGCCGGUUCACUUAAUGUUAUUGAGCGAGUUGAACUUGGAGACAAAUUGUUGUUCAAGAUGAAAAAGUAUUCCGAUUUAGGAAAAGAGCACAGUGUUGUUUCUGAUGCAUUGAAGACCAAUUUAUCUUGUGAGUGUCAUCAUUAUGAAUCUCGGGGAAUACCAUGUGCUCACAUAUUUGCGGUCAUGAAAUACGAGUUCAUGGAUGCAAUUCCUAUUAGUUUAGUUUGUAAAAGGUGGACAAAGACAGCUAAGAGCGAGUUAGUUUGCUCGGAUAAGUUGGAUGGAGUUGAUUCAUAUGUCAUGAAAAGUGCCCGGUUUGGUUCUGUAGCUGCUCUGGCACACAAGAUUUGUGAUAUUGCUUCAAAUAAGAGGGGUCUGUUUCUUAACAUAACGAAUGAUCUUUUAAGUCUUAUUCACAAGUAUGAGACAAUGCCGGAUAGUUGUAGCAAAGAUAAGUUAUGCCUUAAUCACGUUGGAGAUCCGACUAUAGUCAAGACUAAAGGAGCGCCGAAAAAGAGAGGGCUUGAUAAAAAAAAGAGACGUUGUAGAAGUUGUAAUAGUUUUGGCCACACUGCGAAAAAUUGUGCAAAGCUUCGUGCUAAAGAUGAUGACAAAAAAGGCGGUGAUCAUAACAAGUUAUCAUCCCCAGAGGAAAAAGAUGACGUGACCACUCAUGAAAUCUAUGAGGAAGCGCCUCAUGAAAUUAGCAGCUCCUUUGUUGUUCCGAAUCCUAGUAAGAGAAAGCCAAAUGAGAAAGAGCUUGUUAAAAACAGGUUGAGUAAGAAAGCUAAAUGCCCUGCGCCAAUAUAUGAGAAGGAUGAUGUGAUAGUGAGUGGGAGAUGAUAGUGAGCAGGAUGUGGAACUGUCGGAAACACUACAAAAUUAGUUAUUGGGGUUUUUUUUCCUUUGAUUUUAGAUUGUCAAAGAUGCAUGAGAUUUUCCAUUAUUUUGGUGCAUAUACAACAAAAGUUGUAUAAAAUUUUGUAUAGGUGGAAUUGGAGUUUGAUUAGGUGGAUUUGGAAUUUAAUGGUACAAUCAAGAAACGAGAGAGUUGUAUACAUUUCUGCUUUUUUCAAUG